CUACUGGAGCUGAAAAGUGAAGUUAUCAAAUUUAUCGUUUCCUGCUGAUGCUGAUCCGAUAAAUAUGAAUUUGUAAUUUUAUUUAAUAACUAACUGAAAGGAAAAAUUAAAGUUUGAACUGAACCAUCACUUUCACUUACAAACACUGAUGAACCAGAAUUCGCUAUCUGUCACUGUCAGCAAUCUAUCAAUCACUAUUCACUAAUGUCUACCGAAUGUAUUGAAUUGACUGAUAACUGAUAAGACAGAAAAAGAAGAAUGUUGGUUCAUUUUCGUACCAUGACACACCAUGACGUUUUGUUGAUAGUUGAAGUGAUUGAAAUUUCAAAUUCUGCAUAAUUUCGGUCGUUCUGUUUCUGUUCAGUGCCUUUUUUUUUUGUUCCUUAUCCUGUAAGCCGAGGAAAAGAAAAGAACAAGGAACAUCAACUCGACAUCAUUGAGCAGUAUCAGUAUUCAAUAAGUUAUACGAAAGGAAAUUCAAUAAUAUCUGACAAUAUGUCAUCGACAUCGAAUAAAUGUAGCGCGGUGUGUGCUCUUGGUAAAAAAUCCUGUAAUACUCAGGCUCGGAUCCACGAAGUGAGUUAUGUCUGGACAAUUAAUAAUUUUGAAUUUCACGAAGCAGAAGGAAGUUUCUUGCAUUCCCCGGAAUUCUCAGCUGAUUCAAAUGAUCAGAUCAAAUGGGUGCUGCUACUUAAACCCAAUGGUGAUCUGAUUUCUGAUACUAAAGAUACAAUAUCUUUCUAUGUAGAAUUCAGUUUGAACAGUGCAGCUGAGAAAGUGUACGCAAAGCAUAACUCUUUUGUUUGGGAUUCUCAACAUAAAAAGAUAUCUAUUUCAAAAGGUGUAGUACAUGAAUAUCUUCGAAAGGAUAAGUUCAGAAGUUGGGGUCGUAGAGCAUUUUUGAAAAAAGACGACAAUUUUAGAAACAACUUAUUGAUUAAUGGCCAGUUGACGAUCAUCUGCGAUAUAUACUUUUCUACAGUGCUUGAUGCUAUUAGUAAUACUUCACAUGAAUGCAAAACAGCACUACCGUAUUCAAACGCUCCUGAUGAUGAUCUUUUGGAAAACUUGGGACAGUUACUUGAACAUCGUGAUUUGGCAGAUGUUGUGCUUUCAGUAGGUGGUCAAGACUAUCCAGCUCACAAGACUAUUUUGGCUGCGAGAAGUCCAGUAUUUGCAGCCAUGUUUAAACACGAUACUAUGAAAGAAAAUGUGCAGAAUCGUAUUGAAAUCGAAGAUAUGAAUGUGGAAGUCAUCGGUGAUUUUUUGAAGUAUAUUUAUACCGGAAAAUAUGAAAAUUUGAGAAACAAAGCGCAGGAUUUGCUGGCAGCUUCUGAUAAAUAUCAAUUGAAUGGAUUGAAAAUGGUUUGUGCUGAAGAAUUAUACAGAACUCUAUCGGUAGAAAACGCUGCGAAAAUUCUGGCAUUAGCUGAUAUGCACUGUGUAGAGGAACUGAAAAGUGAAGUUAUCAAUUUUAUCGUUUCGGAAUCUACUGAAGUGUUCGAAACAGAGAGUUGGAAGAAGAAACUAGGGUCCAAUUUUCCGUUGGUUAAUGAAGUAUGCUUAGCUUUGGCGCAACGAUUGAACAAAAGUCAAAAGAAGACUGAUUAAAUUUUAUGCUUAUUAUAGUUCCGUUACUGUGAUCAAAAUGUGAUGGGGUUUUUUAAAUCGAGUGUUUUGUUAUUAUCCUUACCUGUGUUUUUUGUAUGUUUAAUAAUUAUUCAAUGCUAAUCAAUAAAUAUAAUCACCUAUUAUUUUCUUAGUUUUUAUAAAAUACUUUGAUUCAUCUAUUAAUUGAUGAUUUUCUUAGAAUUAAUUUCGAAUUUUGGUUAUCAUUAGAACAUGAACUUAUAUUUGUAUCUACUUACAUCAUUUUUUAAAAAAGAUUCCCAUGAAUAAUUAGUAGAUAUCGGCAUUUUUUUUGUUUUUUUUUUUUUUAAAGUAAAUUUGUAUUGAGUAAUUAAUACCAAUUAUACGUAGUUAAUUGAA